CAGAGGCAGUGUUCGUUGUAUUGUGUGAAAUGAUGGGAACCUCACAACUGGUGGCCAUCAGGAGGGAAACAGUGGACAUCCAGGAGAUUGUGGAAAGACAAUUAACUAAUAAUUGGAUCCAUGGGAUGCUGAGUGGAAGUAUGAGAGAAGGAUUCAGGCUGAAUGGAUCAGAUAAGGACUUUAUGUACUGGCCAAACGACCACCGAGUAAUCAUGGACAUGUCUCAGUCUGAGUAUUACAACACAGCCAGUACAACCUUGAUUCUCUCUGACAGUUCUGAGAGCCCACCAGGAUUCACUUUACUUCAGUUACUGACACCAACAGAAAUUACAGAAGUCCAAUCAGCAUGUGUCAGAAUGAAUGGUAGAGUCUAUAUAUCUAGUUUUAUACACAGCGAGUUAACUUGUUCGGUAGUGGUGCCUAAUUCUACUGUACAUGGACCCUGUGGAAGUGGUAAUGUAGAAGGACUAGAAUAUGACAACGCUCACUGCUUUGCAUGUGACUUUUGGCCUACGCCUGCCUCCUUGUGGAUAGACAGAUGUCACUUAUGGCCUGGCCCUGAAGUUGUUGAAGACAUUGUCAGAAAUGGAUGUCACGUUGUAGCAAUAGGACACCCAUUAGGACCCCAUAAAAAUGAAGAAUGGAGAUUGUCGUUUUCUCGAGCAGAAUAUAAACUUGUGUACUCAAUGAACCACAGUCAAUUUUUGACCUAUGGAUUGUUAAAAAUUUUCUUAUAAGAAGUUAUAAAUCAUCAGACUGAAGAAAAGAAUAAACUGAUAUGUUCCUAUCAUAUAAAGACAACAGUUUUCUGGGCUAUUCAACAAAACACACUACCCAACUGGUGCCCUCCAAAUCUCCUGGCCGGUUUCUGGGUCUGCUUUAAACACCUCCUUAAAUGGGUGUAUGAGGGGAUUUGUCCUAACUUUUUCAUUCCACAAAACAACCUGUUCCUGACAAAGGUCCAUGGCUCGGCACAAAACAGAUUGUUUCUACAGUUACAUGACUUGUACAAGAAAGGUCUGUCCUGUCUGUUAGGGUGUUCUUCUAUCAUGUCCUACAUCACUGAUGUCCUAUACAAUCCUAGACUUUCUGUUUGUACAGAUGAGAAUUUCAUGAAGUCUGAAUUUGACUAUGAUGUAGAACUUUUCAAUGUGUUACCCAUUGCAUUUAAACAUUUAGGUGAUCUAUAUAACCUUAUUAAAGCCAUAGAUAUGAUAGAAUACCUGGUAUAUUCACCCCUUACACAAUAUCAAACUAUCAAAUUACAGUCACUUUCAGUCCUCACCCUUCAAUGUAUUGCUUUCAAAUUACAAAACAUGUUUACUUGCUCAUGUUUUAACAAACAGAUGUAUAUUGCAAACAAAUUUUAUUGCCACAUGCUGAAAUUAGCAGCAAAGUUAGGGUGUAUUUCUGACAUGUUGUACAUUGCCAUUUAUUAUUACAAGACACUCAGAUACAGGGGAGCUUUAUGUGUUAUAGAGAUGACAAAGAUUAAGUUAAGACAGCCAUAUUUAAUGUAUUGGGGACAUGUAGACAUAGAGAGGUAUACUGAGGCUGUAGGGGGGCAGUCCUGGUCUACAAAAAUGAGAGAGGCCGUAGCAUGGGAUAUCAAACUUGACACCAUAAUCUUUUAUAUUAGUGAAUUAAUACCAGAACAAAACUCUGCUCUACAGAAAGGAAAGUCUAGAUUAUAUGUCCCAGUGUUUGUAAUGUUACACUUCCUGGAGUUCCUGUGUUACAGACACAUUGAUACAACGUCAUCACAAGCAGCUCUAGAUGAGCUACAAGUCCUAGUCCACCAUGAUAAAGGACAGUAUAUAUUUGACCGAUGUAGAGACAUCUCCUGGGAGAUCCUGGGGAUCUGUCAACAGAUCACAGGGAACCUCCAGGCUGCUCUAUACUCAUACCAACAGUCACUCACACAUUAUCCAUGGAACGGAAUACAAACUGCUACACAGAUGAGAAUACGAGACUUGUUUUUUAGAAACCUACACCAAUAGAUUAAAUAAAUACUAUCACAUUAAAUGCCGUAUCUAAAAAUAUAUGCUAUACAAGAGGUCCAUAAGCCUCAUCUUUUACCGAAGCAACAGUUCUUUAAAAAGUUCUUGCAUUUCAUCUUUUGUUCAAUUAACACUGACCUCCGUAAAGGAAUGAUGAGUUUUGGAAAUUAGG